AUGGUGGCAGUAACGAUGCUCCUCGGAGUGGUUGAAACACUUAGACAUCUAUUAGUAUUGCUUGUUUGUGAAGAAGAAAAUGGCUCAUCUUCCCUAAUAUCUGGAGGAGAUCAUACAGCGGAGAAGUUAGAUAACAUUCAUUUGUCUCACGAAAACGUUACAUCGGAGAGUUCUAUGGAAACCAUGUCGACGUCGACAAGCCCAACUUCAAGUGGUUCUCCUAGAACUGGAGAAACAGUGAGCACCACAACGACUAGCCGGAUGGAAAACGGAGAACCUUUACCGCGACUAGCGCCUGGAAUUUAUCACAAAAAGCCGGCUCCUAUUCUCGCUGAUGCAGCUAUUCCGUUUGGCGGUGGUACGUCGCCGUUACCUCAUCCAUCUGAGUGUGCACCAUUGGAGAUGCGUGGACCGCCUCCAGCAUGGAUGCCACCACAUCCUCCAGACAGGGAUCAAGACUAUGAGAAUAACUACGAAGAUCCUGAAGACAUUAGAGAAAGAGAAUUGUCAUCGCGAGACCUUCUUCUGACAACAGCCACAACGGCACCACCGCCCAAGUAUAACUCGUACGAGAUGUCAUUGUCGCAACAGCGCCGCUCCGGAAUGGUACGUGAGCCGCUCGCACCUGCACUGGAUGAUUGGACUUCGUUAGCUGAGGGUCAAACCGUACUACACAAAAAUGCUGAUGGAGCAUACUAUAUUCCAAGUGGUUCAGUAAGAACAACGACAUCUACUCUAUCACCAGCAUCGCAGACGAGAUAUAUGGAACAAUGCCGUACCGUUAGAGCAUCGGAUCCAACUACAGCAUUAAUUAAGUACCCUACAACAGCUUCAAUAGUACAGCAGCCCACUAAAAGAAGAACACCCAAAAAGAACGUUCCCGACAUGAAACCGUCGUAUUCUUCGAAGCGACCGUCAAUAUGUUCAUUGUUUCUAGCAGCAGCUCUACUUAUAGCACUGAUUAUUAUUAUCUUGUUAUUAUUGCGGAGUCCCUCCUAUGUCUACUCGCAAUCAACUCCAGUAUCAUCGACAACAGACAAUCGAAUAUCGAUCGAUGAAACAUCGUUAAGACCACUGCCUUCUGUGAUUAGUUUAGGUCAACGUGUAGAAGCCGAUAUAUUACCGCAGCAUAUGACGAACACAGAGUUAUUCAUCGCUCGUGCUGGACGUGUUGCAUUCAAUGUGACUGUUGGCGCCGGAGCUCAAAUGGUACUUCUGGGACGGCAUGCCGUUGUACCGUCACUGUCUCUUCACGAUUUCUACCAUCCUCUCCGAGCUGACCGAUUAGCGCCACCUGCACCGAGUCAUAGCGUUGAAACGGCCAGACAUAAACGACAGAUACAAGAAAUGAUUGCACCACGCUACGCAGUUUUUGAGCACUUCUUAGUAGAUGGGAGGUGGUAUUUGAGUUUGAUCAACGAGAGAAAUAGGGUUGAACCCAUCAGCCUACUGGCGUAUACAGUUGCUGCGCCGACAGAAUCUUCUGUAGACGGUGCCAAUCCGAUUACGGUACGGUGUGAAGCUGAUUGCAAUGGUCAUGGUGAAUGUCUCCAAGGAGGAAGAUGUAGAUGUGCUCCAGGAUUCACUGGAGAAGCUUGCGAAGAACCUGUCUGCCCGGUGGUAUGCAGCGGUAAUGGCGUAUUCUCCGGUGGAGCAUGUGUCUGUAAGGCGGGAUUCAAAGGAAAAGAAUGUGAUGUGCACGCGCACUGGUGUGAAAUAGCGGACUGUAGCGGACAUGGACGAUGUGGUGACGAGGGUAUAUGCCAUUGUGAGAGAGGUUGGACAGGAGACGGUUGCGAACUGCGCGCCUGUCCUCAUCCGACAUGCUCAGAUCGAGGUGUUUGUGUGAACGGUCGAUGUUAUUGCACAGAUGGCUGGCGAGGAGCAGACUGUUCCGUGCCUGUGAUUGAACCUACUCAACUGGUGGAACGUGCUCCUACCGUAGUUGCUGCACUGGUCCCCGUUGUUGAACUGAUACCAGCCACUUCGGCAACGGAGAAACCACGUCAAGUCAGUCGAGAGCUUGAUCGACAGAAGCUACCGGAGCCUAGCAAGAUCGUUCGACCGCCACCAAACUGCAGUAAUCGUGGUAAAUUUGUGGCUGGUGUAUGCAGAUGCGAUCAAGGAUGGGAAGGUGUGGAUUGUGAAAGAGAAGUAUGUCCGCCUUGUCUGCAUGGUGCAUGCAUGAGUGGACUCUGUGUAUGUGAAACAGGCUGGAGCGGUGAUCUCUGCGACGAAGCAGAAUGCGCAAUCGGCUGUCUUGAGCAUGGAAAGUGUUUAAAAAAUGGUACUUGCGCUUGCGAUAAAGGUUGGAAUGGAGAAAACUGUUUCGUGGAUGGUUGCCCUCUGUCCUGCUCCGGUCAUGGUGAAUGUCGGUAUAGCCAAGGGCUUGCGGAAGGCUGGAGAUGUGUUUGCCAACCAUCUUAUACUGGAAAUGAUUGUGCAGUACCGAUAGAGACCGAUUGUCGGGAUGGUUUGGACAAUGACAAUGAUGGCCUCAUCGACUGUGAUGAUCCGGAAUGUUGCUCAUCAACCGAAUGUUCGAGGGAAGCAGUUUGUGCUGCAGUACCAGCACCUGUGGAUGUGCUACUGAGGCUACCAGCAGUACAGAAUGCGAAUUUCUUUCAACGAGUAUCAUUCAUCAUCAAAAAUGACUCUGUACAGAGCUACUCUGAUCAUUCGCAGUUUAAUGAAAGCAUGGUGUCGGUGAUCCGUGGCCGAGUUGUAUGGAAUGGUGGGGCUACGAGUGAGAGCACAAGUACGGUAGCUUUACCUGGUGUGAGGGUUUCGGAUACCGUAAACCCUUUGUAUGGUUUCACGCUCACACGUGUCGAUGGCGAGUUCGAUCUACUCGUGAAUGGUGGUCGUACGGUAAAUCUGCAGUUUUUGCGAAGUCCAUUCCAGCGCAUAAAACGAAGUGUGUACGUUCCUCCAAACGAAAUUGUUGUCGUGGAUCCGAUCAAAAUGGCCAGGGAUGAGGUGCGGGAGCUGCAUGCACGACCAGAGUGUGCCAUCGCGAACAGAGUCCUGCCUUCGCCAAUACUUCGGCCAGAUUGGGCCGUGUCUACCGAAGGGAUCCCAUCGACACGAAGCGUGGCAACGGUAUUAGUUGCUGAUACGAGGAGUGUGGUACAGAGCUUACCACUCCCUGGGUCAUCGGUCCGACUUGUAUACGACUCAUCCAGAGUCUCAGCUUCCGAAUCAGUACUCGUCAUGGGCUUGUUGCCUGAGAAAAUUGAUCCCGAUCUUCGACUGGUGCACAUUUCGAUUGAUAUCGCUGGUAGAACAUUUGAGAAAAAGUUGGCACCACGUGAAAAUUUGACGUUUAUAUGGUCGUGGGAUAGACAGAACAUCUACAGACAAAGUGACCAUGGAAUGGUUCCUGCAAAUGUGAGAGUUGGCUAUGAGUAUCGAGGAUGCAGUCGACCUACUGAAAUAGCGUGGAUCAAACGACGCAUCUUUAUGGAAGGCGCGAGAGCACGACGCCUCGAGGGUGGGGCGUGGAGUGUUGACAUCCAUCAUCAUUUGGAUGCUGUUAAUAGCGUGCUUGAAAUGGGCAACGGUGGUCGACGAUUCAUAUCAAAUUCUGUGCCAAUGUUGGAACUUUUUGUCGGGUCAAACAAACGUCGUCCAUUGGAGUGUCAAAAUUGCAACGGUCAAGCAGCCGAUGCAUCCCUUUUUCGUCCUUCAACGUUAGCGCACGGUUUGGAUGGUAGCGUAUUUAUUGGUGAUCACAAUUUGAUCAGAAGAGUGAGCCUUGAUGGACAAAUUUCAACAGUAUUGUCGCUGAGUCUUCCCGACACAUCAUACCCGUACUAUUUGACUGUGAGUCCGGUGGAUGGAUCAUUAGCCAUAUCACUACCAUUACAUAAACAGAUUUGGAGGGUAUCAAAUUAUUCACCACUGGAUCCAGCGGCUAAUCAUGAGGUACUCGCUGGUGAUGGAACGGUGUGCUCUUCUGCCGCAGACGCAUGCGGUGACGGUGGACCUGCAGUGGACGCGCAACUAUUUUUUCCCAAGGGUCUUGCCUACGACGGAGAAGGGAACUUGUAUGUCACUGACGGACGCCGAUUACGGGUUGUCGAUGCUUCUGGUACGAUACGUUCCAUAGGUGACACAUCCUUCGACAGAGCACCUUCCUGCGACAAAGCACUAUUUUCGCUAGCGAAACUUCAGUUGGAAUGGCCUACUUCGUUGACGGUUCACCUUCCCACUGGACAAAUAUUUGUUUUGGAUUCUAAUGUCGUGUACCAGCUGGACAGAGUGCAAGAUACAGUGGAAAUUGUAAUUGGUGCGUUAUCAACGUGCCAGAACGCAUCAUCUCGUCACAUUCUACGAAAUGCGCGUGAUAUCGCAGCGUCAGCAGAUGGAUCGUUGUAUGUAAUAGAGUCCGAUGGAAAGAAGUUGAAUCAGAUUCGUCGCCUAUCAGCAGAUCGGAUGAGUUUUCCCGUAUUCGCCGGACAGAAGACCGCGUGCGCUUGUGAUCUCGCGGCAUGCGGCUGCGAUGACAGCGCAUCUCCCUCGUCGGUACUUUCAGCCAAAGUAGCGCUAUUCAGUUCUCCAGCUUCUGUCAGCAUCGACGCUGUUGGUCGUGUCUAUGUCGCAGAUGCAGCAAACGGAAAGGUGAAGAGAAUAGUUCAGCGAGUUGCACGGUAUGAUCCGGCGUCACGGCAGUACAGCGUUGUGGAUGCGGAUAGAAAUGAACUGUACUCGUUCAAUCGCUAUGGGUUGCAUACCUCGACGCAGUCUCUGAUAACCGGAGCAGUGCUGUAUAAUUUCACAUACAACGUCGACACAAGCCUUGGCCGUCUCACAUCAAUUCAUGGAGCUGGUGGUUAUCAGCUGCGGUUCAUUCGUGCGAACGAAUCUCAUUGCACGAUUGAGACACCGUCCGGGCAACGUACUGUAUUAGUGGCUAGCAUCUAUGAUGGAGUGAUAGAAAGUGUGCAAACGGGUACAAGUGAACCAGUGCGAUUGAACUACCUCUCUGGUGGUUUGUUAGUAACGCGUUCGCAAGGAGGUUCGGCUGUUGUAUUCGACUACAACAGCAGAGGACAAGCGGAAGCUAUGCGAAGAGAUGGAGAGGUGUUCAGGAUUGAAGAUGAGGAGGUUUCUUCUGGUCGUGUGUUCACAAAUGUUCUCAGAAACGGAAUCCCAUUUGCCACCUUUUCCUCCCGCUGGUCAGAAGUUGCUUACGAAGAUUCUUCUCCAACACGCAUAAUAUACAUGGACGAUGGAUUCUCCGUGUCACAUGCUGGCAUGAAUUCGCUGCUGGAUGCCCAUACACAUCCGGCUCAUGGGGAGACGAGCAUCCUAAAGAUGAAGACCACAAUCGACGCAAUUCAAAACCCUACAAGACGAUCGUUGACAUCGCGUUUCGAUUGGCGUCCUUUCGUGAAGCGCGGAGGGGCGGAACGUCGUAUCGCUGAGGUUGGGGCUCGGCCGAGGGUGAACGGUGUGAAUGCAUUCACUGUUACAUUCGAUCGAGUAACUCGAAGUGACGUCAUCAGUGCGAAAUCCGAGGAUGAGACUCUACGCUUGACGUAUAUGGAUAGCGGGGAGUUGAAGACAAUCGCUCAGGAGGCUGUGAUGGAUCUGGAACCGGGUUAUCAAUUAGCAAAUCUCACUAUCAAUUACGAUUCACUGGGAAGAAGAAAUGAAAUUGUAUGGGGGAAUCGCAGUACACAGGUGGCGUAUGAUCGGCAGAAUCGCAUUGUUGAAAGAAGUGUGAAAGGUGGUGUUACGACAAAAUACACGUACAUCAAGGAGCUACGCCAUCCAGCAACGGUUGAAUUUCCCGGAGGCUUGAAAUAUUCGCUAAAGUACGACUCUCGUGGACGUCUUCGUGAGCUGACUACUCCUGCAGCUGAAACUCAUCUUUUCUCAGCAACACCUUUUGGUAGUGGACAGGUCAUCAAAAGAAGAGUGCCAUAUACUAAGAAGCCGUUUGUGGCCGUUGAAGAUAGCGAGGGUCGACUGCUAGAAUGGGUCACAGCAGACGAACAACACCAUGUCCUGAAAGAACACGAUCAAUACGGGAGAGUUGUCAAGGAAGUUUGUGAUGGAAGCCCGACCGCAUUCACCUACCAUAGCGACCGUAUUGCAUCUGUGACGUCGGCUCAACUUACGGCGAACUUCACUUGGCAGGGGCCGUUGCUCGUGUCGAUUAGUGAGCGAAGGAUGAUGAAAAGAUGGCGUGAUUCAUCGUUUGCCGUUGAACAUGAUGAGCUAUUGAGACCUACUUCUAUACAAGCAGUGAUAGCUGGAACUGCGGUUGAACCGAUUCAGCUCUCUUAUGACGAUCGCACCGCCUUCCUGUCAUCCUUUGCCGGUUAUCAGAUUCUGCGAGAGUCGACGAUGGUCAGAAUUCAAGGAUUCAAGAUGAUGCACGAGACCUCAUUGGAUGCAUACCGGCUCCCAGCUUCACUGAAAAUUGUAAUCGGUGAUGUGAGGCUGUCGCUAGCGACAAUGCGCGACAGUGCUGGGCGAACGAGUAUGAAUAUGUGGCGAACAAUAAACGGAGAGUUUCGAGAGACGAAGACAUAUGAUGUGCAAGGCCGGCUAGCUAAUUGUGAAAUAAACGGAAAAGAGAGAUGGUCAUUCACCUACAAUGACGACAGUCGACCGCUACUCGUGAACGAUCAAACUUUCGAUUGGCAUGCAGGUGGUGUUCCGAAGAAGGCGGGACGUUCGGAAUAUAUUUUAGAUGGAAAUGGCUGGACGAUUAAACGAGGUGACAUAUCAUUCGAGUUAGACGGUUACGGUAGGUUAAUUGGAGCACAAGGUCCUUCGAUAGACAUGAAGAUGAUAUACGACUAUGAGAGUCGAUUGAUCGCUUACAGAAAUGGGGCGAUUCUUCACUCGCUGUACUAUGCAUUUCCACAUCUGCCUCGACACGUUUCUCACUUCCAGUCGUCCUCACAUUCCUCUGCUACUUCUAUUCUAUAUACUGAGGAGGGUGUAGCGUUUGCAAUGAGCCGUGAUGGUUAUAGAUAUGCGUUGGCUGCGGAUGACGAAGGAAGCCUGAGAUAUGUUCUCAGCGAGUCCGGCGUCGACAAGGAGAUUCACCGUGAUCCAUUUGGACGUGUUAUUGCCGACACUCAGUCGUCGUUGUGGAUUCCACUCGGAUUUCGUGGUGGAGUGGAUAUACCCGAACUCUCUGUGGUCAUAAUGCCGAAUUCUCGACCUUAUGACGCCAUGACUGGCCGAUACAUGUCGUUCGGUCCUACGCACACUGCACGAGUUCGUUUCAAUGAUAUUAUUCGCUCUGUGGAUCCGUUCGCAUUGGAAACUUCUGAUACGACUCCAUUGAUACCGACAGAUCUGAAGUCAUGGUUCCGAUUGGCCGGCCUAUCAACCUCCCUGCUACCGCCCUCCGAUCUUCAUCUCUCAUGUCAGCACAGCGUUUGCGCUCGUUCUCUCGCCUCGUUCCCCUCACGACUGCGCGUGUUCUCCCAACUGCCUAGCCUACCAUCUUCUGACCUACUGGAUGAGACCUUCACCGGAAUGUAUCCGCUGAAUGACAUCACUUUAGCCGUAGAAGAUGCUGGAUUCCACGAAUUGUUGGUGUUGACACCGAACAACAAGGCUACUACCGUCGAAACGCUGCACGGUUUGAACGCCAAUGAAUCGGCAAUCAUCAAAUCGAUAAUUGAACCUGCUCAUGAAACCGGGUGGCGAGUUUUCGGCACAUCCUGGGAGCGCCACCUUGUUCGUCCUGAUACUGUACCUCAAUCGCUGACCUCAACGUCUCUGCCACAUUUCACUUUAGUCGUUUCCCGUGACACUGUAGAACUUCGUAACGGAAAGACUAAAAUAUUUGUACAUUUUGGUAGUAAUGCGGAAGCAGUGAAUAAGGCAUUAGUGGAAGAUCUUCGUCGUAAGGAAGGUCCUGCUGUCUGGAGAGCAGAGCGCAGACGAGUGGAGCGUGGCGAGAGUCAACACCCAUGGACAGAAAGAGAGAAACGAGAACUUCUGUCAAAGGGUGCUGUUGCGGGUUACACGAUCGAAAUGGACGAGUUGUCACGCGCACGGUUCCCAUCGGUGCACAUUUGGCAUUUCGUCAAAGCGAUAUAG